CACCUGGGGGCCUGACCCUGAGGGGCUGAGCAGCUGCCCCCACCGGUCGCAGACACACGGCCAGCUAGGCCCUCAUGGCUGCCCCCAGUGCCCCCGGCAGAGCCGCGUCCCCUCCGGGCCCCAGCGAGAGGCCUCGCCCCGGGAGCAGCAAAUCCCCAGCCAGCCCCAUCAAUUAUUAACAGCCCUGGGGCUGGAGGCUGCAGUGGGGCAGCAGCUCAGAGCUCCCCAGGCCCCGCGAUGGCACAGCCCCCCAGGCUCCUCGCCCCUCUCAGGCUGGGGCUGGCAGCAUUUCGCUGGCUCAGCACCCCGGCCACGCCAGGGACCCGGCUCGACCUGCGGGGCAUCUUCCCCCCGCUCACCACCCCCUUCACAGCCCAGGCGGAGGUGGAUUACAGCCGGCUGGAGGAGAACCUGCACCGCUACGCCAGGGUCCCCUUCCGAGGCUUCGUGGUGCAGGGCUCCAGCGGCGAGUGCCCCUACCUGACGCCCCAGGAGCGGCUGGCCGUGGUGAGCCGCGUGCGCCAGGCCGUGCCCAGGGACAGGUUGCUGCUGGCCGGAUCGGGCUGCGAAUCCACGCAGGGCACCAUUGCGAUGACCAUGGGCAUGGCUGAGGCGGGCGCUGACGCUGCCCUGGUGGUUACACCCUGCUACUACCGGGGCGCAAUGACCAGCGCAGCCCUGAUCCACCACUACAGCCAGGUGGCAGAUGCUUCACCAAUCCCCGUGGUGCUGUAUAGCGUCCCAGCCAACACCGGCCUGGAGCUGCCCCUGGAGGCCGUGCUCACCCUGUCGCAGCACCCCAACAUCGUGGGCCUCAAGGACAGCGGGGGCGAUAUUACCCGGCUGGGGCUGAUUGUCCACAGGACGCGGCCGGAGGAGUUCCAGGUGCUGGUGGGAUCGGCUGGAUUCCUGCUGGCUGGCUACGCCAUAGGUGCCUGCGGGGGGGUCUGUGCUCUUGCCAACGUGCUGGGAGCCCCGCUCUGCCAGCUGGAGCGUCUGUGCCAGGAGGGACGCUGGCAGGAGGGCCAGGCCUUGCAGCUCCGGCUCAUUGAGCCCAACGCAGCGGUCACCCGCAAGUUUGGGAUCGCGGCGCUGAAGCAGGCCAUGGAGUGGUUCGGGUACCACGGCGGGCCCUGCCGCGCCCCCCUGCGCCCGCUGAGCGAGGCCCAGCUGGAGGAGCUGCACAGGGACUUCAGCAUCAAUGGCUGGCUGUGACGGGGGAGGGGAAGGAGGUCCUCCCUCCUCUGCUCACCUUCCCCUCACUGGCACCCCCCUGCUUCCCAGGAGCCCCCAAGCCCCCUCGCUGCCCAGCCCCCAACCUUGCUGCCUGCCCCCUAGAGCUGGCCAAGGGGGUGCAGCCCCUCCCCCCACAAGCCCCCUGUGGCAAGGCAGAGCCAACCCACAGGCCUCAGCAAUAUGGCAGGUUCCCAGGUCCCUCCAACCCCUGCGUGGGCCCAGAGCCACCGUGCCCCCCCCCCACUUCCCUGGAGAGGCCUGGCAGUCCCGGAGCCGGGCAGCCCCAUGCAGCGCUGGGAGUGGGGCUGGGGCAGCGUCCCUGGUGCACCGUGAGCUGACAAUAAACCCCUGGCAUCCACGCUG